AUGGAAACAGAAAAUGAACAAAUGAAUGUACUGAGUGAAGACGAUGCUGACGUAGAAGCUCCUGAACUGUGGGCUCCCUUCACGACCAUCUCCCUACAGGCACUGGGUAGUGUAUACGAGGUCAAUUUGAUCAAGAAGGUUAGUCCCAAAGCACAAGACAGGCAGCGUAACAAUCGCGUUCAGCAGUCCAGGCUUAUAUUUUAUGGUGAAGUUAUGGUGUACUUUCAGCAUUAUGAUGGAGACGCCGCCAAAUUACUUGCCUUGGUGAAAGUAUACGAGGCUAAAAAGUCUAAUGACAGUGGCACGUGGCCGUAUCGCACAGACGGAGCAGCCUGGAAAUAUACGGUGGCUAAUGUAAAGCGUAUUAAACAGUUGGUGUGGAGUGUUGAAAGUACAUCGAAGCGUCACUACUUUUGUUGGGCAGGUCGCAAACGAGACAACGAACUUCUUGGGGAACUGCGGUAUCUAUGGUGA